UUCAAUGCGGUUCGCAUUUCAUCCCGCCUUUGUUGUGCUUUACAGCCUUAACAGUAACAUUGCGGGGUUGCGGGGAUGGUCUGUAGUGUGGUUUGGCGUUUGCAGUGAAGUAAUUUAUAUUAGAUUCGAAGGAAUUUAGCACUUAAUAGUGCCAUAAAUAUAUAGAAAAUGCAUGCAGUGAAACGCUCGCAGGGAAAAAAUAAUACCGGUAGUGUUUGUCGACUUUGUUCAUCAAACAGUGGUAUUAUAGUUUUAAAUAUAUUUGAUGGGGAAGGGAGGAAGCGUCGCAUAUUAUCCCUCAUAAACUCCUGCCUACCAGUGAAGGUUUCGGAGCAUGAUUCUCUUCCAAAAGUCAUUUGUCAUCAUUGUUUACAUAAACUGGAAGUAUUUCGUGAGUUUCAAGAAAGCUGUUUGAAAUCUGAAGAAACAUUAAGGAAUAGUGUAACAAGUUUAGUGACAGUUCCUGUGUUUAUGAAUGCUUCUCAAGAGUAUGUACAGGAAGAAGAAGAGAAAGUGUCACAGUUUUCAGCAGAAUUGCUGCCAAUACAAGAUCCACUGUUACAUCAGCAGUCUGCAGCAUCAGUUGCAACACCAGCAGAAGAGCCCACAGAGGACUGUACAGAUGAUGAAAGAGAAGACUUUGAACACUCAGUGUCUGAUCAGGUAGAAGUAAUAAUGGUUAAGGAGGAACCCGAGUAUAAGAAGACAGAAGUUGAAGAAGACAGCAAGUGGCUUGAUGCAAGACAAGAAGAGGAUAAUAUUAUGCAAACUGAACAAACUGGAAUAGAUUUGCUGCCACCUGAUGACGAAAUAAAGUCUGCAGUUUGCACUGCCCCCAUUGAACCUCCAAUUAUCAGGAUAGAAAGAGACUUUAUUGUGACAAAAACCAAAAAAGGGAAACGAUGUUUGUUGCGUGGUCAGUACAAAUAUCGAAAAGCCCGUGAAACGAAAGGUGGAUUCAUUGUAUGGAGGUGCACAAAUAGCAACUGCAGUGCUUUGCUGAGGACUGAUACUGAAUGUACUACUUUGUUUAAUUCAAGAAAUAUACAUAACCAUAAUGAGAUCUGCUGGCAGAAGUUAGCAAGAGAUGUGUUCCAUAAAGGUUGCAAGUGUAAGAGAUUUGGUGUGAACAGUAACAACUCACUCUGUCCUUGUUUUGCAUCUACAAGUUCCAUUGAACACACUUCUAACAACUAAUUCUAUGGCACAUAAUGCUUUAUCCAUCAGUACUUCAAGAGACAAUGGUGGUGUACUGAGAACAGUUGAUGGAAUUGUGAAAUAUGCUCUCUUGUUUAAUUUUGUGAUUCCUCUACUAGGUCUGUAUCCUGGUUACCUAAUUUAAUGGAUACUUACUUAAACCAUUUUGGUUUCGAGAAACAAAGAUUUAGGAAAUAAAAUGAUUAUUUUCCCCAUUUCAGUAUUUCUGUUUGUCAUGCCUGGAAUUCAUUUUAUAACUUCUCUUGCUUCCCUGAAUGUCAGAAGCUUGUAUUGUGCUAUUUCAUUGGAUUUUUAUGUUACAUGACUAUUAUACAGAAUGGAAUUCAGAAAAUGGUAAUGAAAGUGUAUGUAGUUUAUUGUGAUAUAUGUAGACCUUAGAUUCAAACCUGUAUACUAUACAUAUUAAGUGUGAGGUUGGAAAUUAAUACUGCAGUUAGUGUGCUUCAUAAAAAAUAGUUUAGUCAGUGUUAUAUAUAUGCAUCUGUUAUGCAUGCAUUGAAAUAGUAUAUAACAACAGGAGCUUGUCAGCUGAGACAAGUGGAGGUGAACUGUAACACUGAUGCAGUUAAAUUUAACAGUCACUAUUAUUUCUCAUGAAUAUGAAAAUAAUGUACAUGCAUCAGACUGAGUUCCAUUAUAUUGCACAUAUUUUUAAGGGUGGAGUUAAAACAAAAUAGGAAUCAUGGCUGCAGGUUCAGCCACCAUUGUACAUUCGUAACUACUUCUGAUCACCAGACAUUCACAUCACACAGAGAAGGUAGCUUGGUGUAAUGGUGUUGGUUUGUUUGCUUGAAACUACCCUGACUUGCACACUUUGAACUAUUUCUCCCAUCCUGUUCUGACUGCUUGUCCAUUCUUCAUUAUGAGAAUGAUCAAAGUGAAGUCAAAUAUUUUGUCCUUUUUCCUUCCUUUUUUCAAAUGAUUACAAAUGGUAAUUCAUAUAAAUAUUUGGAAAUAUGAAAAACAUGAUAAAAACUAGUGGAGGGGAAAAUGGUUAUUUUAUUCGACAGUGAGGCUGGUUACAAAAGCAUACGAUAUUUCAUGAUACAGUGAUGUAUUCUGGCCUCAUAUUUCUAAAGAAAUGUUAAUUAAAUAUUCUGAUAGUAGAAUCAACUGAACACCACUAGUACCCACCACCUGCCUUUGGACAUGAUCUUCAUUCACUUCCAUCUGUCAUUACUUUCAUCUAUCAUAACAACCUGUUUCUGUAAUAUCCAUCAUAAUGUUUUACUCCCGUAUUCAAGUGGUCAUUUUCCAGUAGGUUUCUCCACAAAGGUUCUGUAUGCAUACCCUAUCCAGGCUACAUGCACAGCCUAUCAUAGCCUCCUAGAUUUAACUGUCCUAACAGUACUCCUUCACCAGUAUAAGAAACAAGAGUUCAUCAUUUUGCAAUUAUCCUUAACUGUGUACGUCAUUCUUCUUAGGCCAGUAUAUUUUCAUGAGUAUUUUAUUUUCAAACACAUGUACUUCAUGUUCUGCCCUCACAGUAAAGAAAUUACAGUAUGUGUAUAAUAUUUAGCAUUUUUUCACAUGGGCCCUUAUUCGGACAUGUAAGUGUUCUGCUCUUUAUUACUUCCUUGCAUACAAAUAAAUUACUUUACUUCUA